CAAUCCUUCUCUCUCUUCUUUAUAAUCAUCGCAAACCCAGAAAUAUUAAUUUAUUCCAUUUAAAUAAAAAAUCAAUUCUUUUUCUUUUUUCUCUCUCAAAAAGAUGCUACUCCGAAGCGCAUCAACGCCUCUGCUAAACUCAUGGGCACCGAACCACUCUCCUUCCGUACCAUCCACCCCAACUUCUCCCGAACCUAAAUCUUGCCUCGCCAUUACGACGUCGUCUUGUACCGCUAAGCUUAGCCGAGCUUCUUCGGAAUCAGAUCUCCGCCACCUCACCGCCGUUUCCCCUAAACGAAGCCCUUUUGCGUCGGGUAUUGGGUCGGAUUCUGGGACGGGAUCGAGGUUGUUGAUGAACGGUGGGUUGGGUUUGAGAGAGAGGGUGGUUGAGGAGGAAGAAGAGGAGAGUGAGGUGGAGGAGGAAAGAGAUUCCGACGGUGGUGGGUGGGGUAAAGGUGGAGGAUCUGACCGUGGAAAUGGGUUCGGGUUUGGGUUUGGGUUCGGAAGUUGGGAUUCAAACAAUGGGGGUGGAGAGGGUACCGAUUUGUAUUAUCAGAAUAUGAUUGAGGCUAAUCCUGGAAAUUCACUCCUUUUAGGCAAUUAUGCUAAGUUCUUGAAAGAGGUUAAAGGCGAUUAUGCAAAAGCAGAAGAGUAUUGUGGAAGAGCAAUACUUGCAAAUCCCGGGGAUGGAAAUGUUUUAUCCCUGUAUGCAGAUUUGAUUUGGCAAACUCAGAAAGACUCUUUAAGGGCUGAAAGUUAUUUUGAUCAGGCAGUCAAAGCAGCUCCUGAUGACUGUUACGUUCUAGCAUCGUAUGCACACUUCCUUUGGGAUGCAGAAGACGACGAGGAAGAAGAAGAAGUUACAAAACAGUCUAGCAUUCCUUCGUUGCCAUUGCCGUUCUUUCAAGGGAUUGUUCCUCCUUUACCACCCCCUUUAGCUGCUGCUUCUUAAAGAGACAGAUUCAAGGCUUCCUUCCUUACCCUCUCUUGUAUAAUUAUAGUACAGAUGUAACUCUUUAGCCGGUUUAUUCUAUAACCCAUUUUGCUAACCUGAGAAAUAAUUGGUGUUCCUUAACUAUUAGUAUUAUGUUAACCCGUAGUUUCAGGCUGCUCCUUCCUCGGUUUUAACUCAAAUCAUGUACAACCGUACGAGUAAUUCCUUGUGAAAGUUGUGCUUAUACACUAUAUGAUAUGUUCAUCAAUGAAUAGAGCUUUUCAGUCA